UAUAUAAAGUGUCCUGGCGUCGUGUUCACUGGUUUUCGAGGAUAUACUGGCGCCGUCGAAGUACAAUCGCCAUGAACGGGGCAUCCUUUUUCCUUGUCUGCUGUCUGUCCGCCACUGGCUUCGCUAAGCCGGCGGUGUUUCUCAGCUAUCAAGACAGCCUGGGUCAAUACAGUUUCGGCUACAGCGCGCCAGGAUCGGCCAGAUCGGAAGUCAGGACGUCCAAUGGCGCUAUCAGAGGCACUUACAGUUACAUCGACGAAACCGGUGUCAUCCAGACCGCGCAAUAUAUUGCCGACGGUGAGAACGGAUUUCGGAUAACGACAACAAAUCUUCCGCAGGCGCCGCUUCCGGUUCAGGACACGCCGGAGGUGAUGGCCGCGCGCACUGCGCAUCUUCAGGCUCUGGAAAUGGCGACGAGGAGGGAGGAAGAGGCUGAAAGUCGUGAAAAGAAUCGGGAGAACAUGCAGAAGAAGGAAGUCGAGGGGAGCCAAGAUGACGCGAGUGUUCAGAAGAUACGAACACGAUUGGGACCAACGGUCACGGAGAUUUCGGUGUACGAAGCGACGCGAAGAGCAGCAUUGGAGAACGCAAGGAAUACCGAGUUAGAAAAGAACAGUGACGAAACUUUGCAGGCGGUUGCUUCCGGAAAUAGUGUUGGCAAGGAAAGUGAAAAGAACGCGAAGGAGGAAUUCAUCAAAAGAGUAUCGCAAAUCAACGCAAAUACUCCGAUUCAAUUAAUUACGUACGUGCCGCUAUCUCUGUCGUUGGAACAACAGGAGCUAUUCCGAUUGUUCUAUGGAAACUGGGAAUUCGAGCCUUCUGCCAAUCUGAAGUCAUCGAUCGCUCAAGACGCUUCCGGUGUAAUCACGCCAGCGGGAACAACCUUGAAAAAUGCGAUAGCGAUUCCGACCGAGGGAGCAACGACGCCGAGGGAAAAACAACAGUCGCAACAAUCGCAACAAUCGCAGCAAUCUACAACCGAACAAAUUCGCGCUGUCAAUCCUCUGUUCGUCACUCCGUUGAACGUGAUUCCACUGAGUUCCUCGCAGUAGAGCACAAUCCGACACGUCGACGUCUCUUCAUUAUGCCUACAACAAUGUUCUGUGAACAUGAAAAAAAUAUUGUGGAGGAUGUGUGGUUCGCCAAAUGUACAGAGAACUGGAAUAAAUGCUCGGGCGAUCUAAAAUCUGGA